AUGACACCACCCCUCCUCCCCUUCCCACCCAGUGCCCUCCCCUUCGAAUCAACCCUUACGUCCAAGUCCCAGCACCGGAAAGGCUUCGACGGGAAUCUCAAAAACUGUGAAUUACUGGAAUUAUGGCAAUACAAUUGCGAUUUGCAAAAGGAUAGGGAUGGGAAGGUUGGGGAAAAUAUAGUUUGUAGACCUGUGGAACGGCUUUUUCGUCGGUGUAAAGAUCGAAAGGGAACUUUUAUGGUGGAGACGACAAUUUGGGAGGGAGAAGGAAGUGCAAAGUGA